AUGGCUAAACGAUUAGUUAUUGUAAUCGCAGGAGUCACAUGUGGGGGCAAAACUACUAUUGCCAAUCGUCUUACAAACAUAUUUAACAAUAUUUCAAUAUUACAUCAAGAUGAUUUUUACUAUACUAAAUAUGAAGACCAUUUGGAAAGUAUUCCAGAACUUAAUUACCAUGCAUGGGAUAAAAUUAGUGCCUAUAAUAUGAAUAAAAUGAUGAUUGCAAUUGAUUCUCAAACUUCUGAUAUUUUAGUUCUUGAAGGAAUUCUUUUACUUGAUGAUAUUAGAAUUUUAAAUUUGGCUGAUUUAAUAUUUUUUACUGUUUUGGAUAAAGAAAUUUGUUGGGAUAGACGUGUAGCUAGAACAUAUUUACCUCCUGAACCACCUGGAUAUUUUGACAAGUAUGCGUGGCCUGAGUAUGAAAAACAUUUAGAAAUGAUAAAAAAAAAAAAAAAUAUUAUAUUUUUAAAAGGGGUUGACAGUAUUGAUUUUAACACAUCUGUUGUUGUUAAUCAUAUAAAUGAACUAAUAUUAAAAAAUAAUUGAUAUUUAUUUGAUAAUAAGUUAUUUUCAGUUGGUACUUCAUAUUAUAGUUAAAAUUUGAAGUUUAACUGUAAUCAAAUAUUGUUUAUUUACUAGGAAUAUUAUAGGAAUAUUACAAAAAAAUUACAUAAAAAUAAAAUUGUUCAUUGUAAUACAUUUAAGAAUAAUUAUAUUUUAUUUUCAUAAUUGUAUUUGUUAAAUAGACAAUUAUAUUUAUAUUCAAUAAAUCAUUAAUCUAAUAAAUAGACUUAAAUUUGAUAAA